AUGGACCCUGGAUCAGCAGAACAUAGCGAUGUGGAUAUGGAGUCAGUUCAAGCCCUUUCGAAUAUUGGAAAUCAGCGGUUUUCGUAUAAUGAGCUAAAAUCUAUUGACGUGCCCAUAAAAGGGCCAGAUUUAGAUAAGCCAAACUAUUCUGAUAUAGAAAGCUUAGCUGAAGACAACGAUGAUGGCCACAUGAUCGAGUCUUCAGAAGAAGACGUCCCAAUCCAAACUUUUCAUGAGCCAAACUUGACUGAUUAUGAAGUUCCUUUAUUUACCAAAACUUCUGGAGAGACUAUUUUAAAGCUAACUGAGUUAUACACCCCAUUGAAAUCAACGCAGUCUGUAUUCGACAAAUUGCACUUGCUCGAACGUGUUUGCAAGACCUCAAGCUCCAUGACAGAUUAUUACGACUACAUUAGGAGUCUGAGGGAGUACAAAACACAGCUUAAAGAGCUAUAUUCGAAGGUAAGACUUGAAGAAAUCACUGGGGCAGAAAAAGAGCCGGUUUACUCAUUAGCCAAGCCUAUUGAAGACUACCAAAAAAGAUAUUUACUCUUCUCUUAGAAUAAAAAAAAAUUUAUUUGAAGUUAAUUUUUUUUAAAAAUAAAUUUUGUUUUGCUUUAAAAAUGUCCCAAUUUUGUGUAAAUUAAAAAAGAUCAUAAAAUUUAGUUUAAAAAAUAUAUUUAAAUGAGGAAGUUAGUAAAAAGAUUGAAGGAAAUUGAUAGAGAAAUCAAGGAGCUCGAAAUAGAAAAAAAAGCCCAGGAAAAAAAGUCAAUAAAUAUUAAUUUUCCAAAAAAUUCGUUCAUUGAAAUAAAGCAAAAGGAUUUUACAAAAGAAAUUGUUUGGAGUGGUCCAGAAAAAGUCUCAAGAAAAAAGGGGCGGGAAAAAGUCGCGAAGAUUAUAGAAAAUAAUGAUGUUUUUAAGGUGGAAAAGCAAUUGGCACAGAAGUCAAAGAAUUUGUUGUAUGUAAACUAUAAUGAAAGUGAAGGACCAUAUUUAAAAAAAUCAGUUGCUUUCCAGCCGAGGGAUUUAUUAGGAGCUGCAUUGGCAAGCUUGCCUAUGAAGCGGGCUCCAGAUCCUUACUUAUUUAGUAAACAGAUGGUAACUUUCGGAUUUGCCCGAAAAAAAGCUAAGCCUGGAAAGUUGGAAUUUUCACAUUUACCAAAAAAAGAGUCACAACAAGAUGGAAAGCACUGGGGAGAAGUCUCAAAACCCAUAGAUGAAAACCAGCAUGAUUCCGAUUUUCGUCUCAAUACUUCUAUUAAGCUAUUUGAAAAUUCUUCCAAUUUUCAGCUCUCCAUGAUUCCCACAAAUGUCAAUCCAUUCUUCAAAAAAAAUGACUGAGAAAAACUAUUCUUUUCCAAUUUAAAUAGCUUCAAAAUUAUAAAAAAAUAAUUUAUUUUUAAUUCAAUAUGAUGAGGAAUAGUCUUUUUGGACUCAAAUGGAGAAAUUUUCCAGACAUUAAAAGAAGAGUACGGAAAAUUGGUUUAUAACUUGAGUGAUCCCCAUAUGGAUUUUUCCAUUCAAGAAGAACAAGAAGAAGCCAUGGAAGUUGAAGAUGGUGACUAUAUUUCAGACGCAGACUCAGAGCAUUCAAUUGAUGAAGUAAAAACUAUCCGAAGUGACGAUUUUCCAGAAUCUCGUGGCCGAUUUUCUGAAACCUCUUCAAGAACAGGCAACGUUCUUGGGCUUCCAAGAGGAGGCAUGGAAAAUUCUUUUAAGUCUCGCUUUACUAUGCUAAAACAUGCAUUGCCAGCUUAUGACUACCCUUUUUCUAAAGUGGAAUGAAAUAAAAACGAGCUUCGCAACUUUCAUAGGCCUGAUCUCUCAUUUAGCCUUCCCAAAAAUAAAUGAAAAGUAAACUUGGUAAGAACACCUCCUUCCAGUCCUGGUAUGGAAGUAAAAGGUGAAAACAUAACAGCACACGCAAUAUUAAAAGGCCAUAAGCAGCUGACGCUAAAAGAUGGAGCUUUUGUUGUCACUGAAUAUAUUGAAAAGCGGCCACCUCUGCUUAAUAAUUAUUCAAUGGCUUCAAAAAUAAGAAGGUAUUAUAAAGGAAAUAGGCCAAUAGAAGAGUAUCCAGACUAUAUUGGCAGCUUAGGACUUCCAGAAAGCUUGGACAGCAACGAAAAUGUGCCUUUAAUUGCAAGACUGCAAGAAAGCCAAGGAAUUGCAAUUUUAGAAAAUAACUUGUAUAGAGCCCCUAUUUACUUCCACCACUCAAAAUCCACUGAUUUUAUUAUGAUGAAGUACCCAAAAAAAAGUGGAAAAAGCAAAUGGUACCUUCGUCCUAUAGAAUACCUUUACUGUUCAGCGCAGAUUGAGCCGAAAAUUGAAGUUUUCGCCCCAAAUGCAAGAAACACCAAUAAUUUCCAGCAAAAAAGAAUCCAAGCAAUUAUAUUAAAGUGCCUCAUUGACAAAGACAACCGAGCAGAUAUCCACGAAAUCGCUCAAAAUUUUCCAGCACACAAUGAAAGCAUCAUCCGCAAGCAGAUGAAAAAUAUUUACUGUGAACAAACAAGUGAUGGGACCUGAACAUGCACAAAUCUCCCCAAUGAGCAAGAAGUCAAAGAUAUGAUCACUCCAGAAAACAUGUGCCAAUAUGAAAGCAUGCUCGCAGGACAACGUAGGCUAAAAGACAAAGGCAUUAAGACGACUUCUAUUGACAAAAUCCCUAAUGCAAUUCAAAAGCUGAAAAAAGAAAUGGGGAAUAAAAAUAUCAAUUAUUUAGCUGAUUAUAUAGAAGAAGAGCUUACAAUCACCCCUUGGAAUUUGACAAGUUCAUACCUAAAAACCAAAAAUGAAAAAGGUAUGAUGAGAAUUGUAGGGAUCGGAGACCCAACCCAUGGCAACUGUGGCUACUCUUUUGUAAGACUUCCUAUGAAGCUUCCAAAUACAGAUAAAGCAUACUUAAAAAAUGACCCCUCAGAGUAUCUCCCCACAAAUAUGACAGUAACUGGGACAAAUGCUGAUUUGAGAACUCUUACUAAAGAAGAUGUAAUAAGAGCUUUGAUCAAUUUAGGCUGCAAAAAAGAAGAAGUCGAAGGCCUUGGGAGAUGGGAUGGAGUCGCUAAACUUCGAAGUGUAGCCAGCAGAAAGGUAUCAGAAGGGCACAAAGGGACAUUUGAUAAGUUUGCAAGAGGCAUCAGAAUGUCGACAAAAAUGCAAAAAGAGCAAUGCCAGAAGACCAUUGAUGAAAUUUUUGCAAAACAGGUGAGGAUGCUUGGGGAAACAAGGGAAUAUUAUGAAGACAGGAGCAGUGGAAGUGAAGAUGAAAAAUUAGCAAGGCUGAUGGCAGAUAGUAUAAAUAAGCCCAUUGAAGAUGUGGAGAGAAAAAGAAUUGACCUUGAUGAAGACAUUGAAAGAAGUGACAUUAAACAUCUAGAAAAUUUGAAAACUGCUGCAGGCAUGUUUACUGCUUCAAAUGAGCCAGAAGAGCCUACAAAGUCUGUUGAGAAGCGCAAAAUCCUUAAAAGAAUCACUAGAAUCCCAAAUCUCGACGGCACAAUUACAGUAAGAACUGAGUUCAUAAGUGAUGAAAAUGAGCUGGAGCAGUUCAUCAAAAAGAAAAAAGAAGAGCAAAACAAGCCAAAAGGUAGCAAAGACCGCAAAAAAACCUAUGAUACAAUUGAACAAAAAAUGCUGUUCAGGGUAUCUGAUCACUCAAAGAAGAAAAAGAAAAAAGAAGAAGACCUUGAUCAAGAAGCUAAAAAGCGAGAAAAGCAGCUUCUAGAGGAGAAAAAGAAGCUGGAAAAGCAGCAAGAAUGGAGCAAAGAAUGCAUUGAAAAACUGGAAUCAGGACAAGUCCCAGCAACUGGCGGGGCUGGAAAAAUCGUUUGUGGAAAAUGUGGAAUGGUAGGCCACAUGAAAACAAACAGAAAAAAGUGUCCAAUGUUUUUGGAAGAAGCUCAAGAUGCGUUUAAAGCUGAAAAAGAAGGUAUGGUAAAAAUGGAAGGGUCGAAAAUCAAGCUUUUUGUAGAAAAGAUACAGAAAGCUGCGCCCAAGAAAAAAGAAGAAAACGCAAUUGAUGAGUAUUCAAGGCCGAAAACAAUCCCGUCUAGAAGAAGGCAGUAUAAAGAAGACAAUCCUUAUGAAGACAUUGCCUUUAAGCUCACCAAAUUCGAUCAGACAAGGCUGUUUAUUCAUUCAGUCAAAAAAGAAGCUUAUCCUGACUAUUAUGAGUUGAUAAAAUCUCCAAUUGACUUGUCCACCAUGAUUUCUAAAGCAAAGCAAGGGAAAUACACUACUGCUCAGCUGUUUAUUGAUGACUUGGAGCUGAUGGUGAAUAAUUCAGUUCUUUAUAAUGGUCUAUAUCAUGAUGCCACUGAGCAAGCAAGAGAGUUAAAAGAAAUCGGCAUCAAACUUCUCAAAGAAAAAGAGCUGCUUGUUGAAAUACCAAAAAUUGAAGGAAUAGAGGCAGAAAAUGCCCCUCAAUCCUAA